CCCAAGCAAGACAUGCACAACAAUCAACAAGGCAAGAUGGUUGCAUGGACAGACUUCGAGCGAGCCACAAUCAAGGACAUCUUCUCCAAGAUCGACUAUGAAGUCGUUGGCCCAGCAGCUAUUUCCAGGUGUCUGAUUGUCUACCCCUGGACUCAGAGGUAUUUCGCUGGCUUUGGAAACCUCUACAAUGCUGCUGCCAUCACAUCAAAUCCAAAAGUUGCUGCUCACGGAAAAGUCGUCAUGCAAGGUCUGGAAAAAGCUGUGAAGAACAUGGACAACAUCAAGGCCACAUUUACAGAGCUGAGCACGCUGCACUCUGAGAAACUGCAGGUGGACCCUGACAAUUUCAUGCUCCUGGGCGACUGCCUGGCCAUUGUGGUUGCUUCUCAGUUGGGUAAAGACUUCUCUCCCGAGGUCCAUGCAGCUUUCCAGAAGUUCCUGGCAGUGGUGGUGUCCUCCCUGAGGAGGCAGUACUAUUAGAGAGCUGCAGAGAACCAUCACAUGUUCUGUAUUUAAACUGUUUAAAUGAGCUUUCAAUAAA